AUGACGGGCGGCAGGGUGUGCGCGGUUGCAGGCUUCCAGCGUCUGGAGUGGCCUUCGCUGCAGAUGCGCGAUCAGAGCAGCAGGAGGUGGUGCGUGGAAGCUUGGCGAAAGGAGGAGGUUAGGUUUGGGAUGGCAGCGGACCGCGGCGAUGCGAGUGUCGCAAAUGCUCCCUGGAGGGCCCAGGCACGGGCCGGGGUGGAGGAAGCUUGGAAGCGCGCAAAACCAGCAGCGUUCCCCGUGGUCUUGCGCAAUAAUGCACAAGGCCUGGCUACGGGGAGAUCGCGGGCAGUGGUCAGUCCUGGGGGCGAGCAACAGAGCAUCCAGAGGCCUUUGCGCGGGACGCACGAGGACGGUCAGACGCAGGCGACGGCUGGGGAUCUGGAGGUUCAAGACUUAAAGGCGCAGGGCGACGGGGUCUCGAUUCCGGCUCUCUCGCCAGCGGUGCUUGGGAGCGGCCUGACUGCCGUUGCAAGCCUGAAGACUGUCAAGGAGCGUUCCGAGGUUGUCUACGAGGGCUCAAUGAUGGACACGGCCGCCAUGAUUCAGACAUUCCGGGGACUACCAAGACACUCCCGCAUGGAAGCUCUCGAAGCAAUUGUCACCGAGGAGCUGACCCCGUACGAAUGGCGCGCUCUGCAGACCAUCGUCAACGCCAGGACCUUCCAGUUCGAUAUGAUCGGCGCCCUGCCGACAGAGCUCGUAGCUCUGGUGUUUUCAUAUCUGGAUACCACAACUCCAUACCGCCUUCAAAUAGUCUCCAAGCGCUGGAACAGUCUCCUUCGGAGCCCGGAUAUCUUGAAGCCGAGCUUGAAGGCCUGGUGCGAUGGGACCUUCGAAGGAGACUACGAGCUUUGUACGCGGAAAGCACAGAAUAUACACCGAUUCCGUACCGGAAACUUCGUCGACGUCUAUACCAUUCCAGGCGAGGAUACAGCCUCGUCUGCGGGUGAUAUCACAUUGGUUGGAGACCUUUUAGUCGGCCAAUCGAGCGUCCGCACAUUGCUAGCCUACAACCUGCGCACACGAAAAUCCUGGCGAACCCAAGGUGACGCCCGGGAGCGUAUCAUCGCUGUCGCCUUAUCUGAUCAGCUCGUUGCUUACGCCACAAUGUUGAAUGCAUGCUACGUGUCGGAUCUAUCCGGUGGACAGAAGAAGAAGUUCAAGCUCACUAACGGCAUGUUCGAAAUUCUCACCUGCCGUGGACGGACGGUAGUAUGUGGAGGUCUUGGAAAAGAUGCUGCGAGAAUCUAUAUAUGGGAUUUCGAUCUCCAACGGGGGAAGUCUUUACAGAUCGAUUAUCAGCAGUCACCUUUCGUGCAUCGCGUUAACGACUGCAUGUUCAGGCAGAUGAAGAUCCUCCCAGACCCGCAGUCACAGACGUUCGUCGUGAUGACGAGCGACAAAUGCGCGCGCGGAGCCUGCCUGCAUGAUGCUUCUGAUGUCCGAUGCUCAAUUCAUUAUACUCGCUUCACGUUCGAUGGCCAGCCGAUUCAAAACGGCCGACUACAACUUCCAGGAUUUCCAGGCAUAGACCUCGUCGGUUUUCGGCCGGUGGACAGACGCGGGGGUUUCUCUCUUGAAGCAGCAGCUCGCCGUCCCCGUGAGCUUGGUGAUUGCCUGAUAUUCCUCCAGUUCAAUGAACAUCUGCACACAUUUGUGAGCCCGAAUUGCCCGGUGUCGAACCCUGGUCCAUGGGUUAAGGCAAGAACUUCGUGGUGGGAAGACUCAUUUUACCAAGUCCUUCCUGAUAUAGGCACGCUGCCAAUCGGGACCUCGCAGACCGAUACGCCAGAGACGGUCCUUCUGGCUCAUCUAGGAACCAGCGAAGGGUUCAGAUUCAAGCCGAUACUACGGGAAAGGGGAUCUAACAAUUCCCAGCGUCCGGCAGGGUACGGGAAUAGGUACUUAAGGCUGCUUGUCAACGAUAAGUACGCCGUCGUAGUCGAUCAGGGUUUUGAGGUGCCGUGUUCAAUCAAAGUCGUCUCCUUCGAAGCAGAGCAAAACAGGAAUUGAGAGCAGACCGUAAGCCGGCCUUGCUUCCGGUCCUUGGUGGACUUUAGAGAUAGUGACGCUCAAGAUGAGAGAUAUGAGGAGUGGUAUAGAGGCAGGAUGGGGAUGGAUGGAUGCUGUCAGCUUCGGGCCGCAUGGCCCUGGUCUCGGGGACGCCGGUACUGCAGGACUAUAUAUGAUUGUCAGCAAGAGUAACUUUACUCUUGCAUCUGCAAUGUAAAUGUCAUCGGUCACUCGCAUUGCAGCAGUGCCGGAU